AUGGAGUCUUCAAGCGACAGUGGUAACAUCAUAACAACAAAAGUCAUUGGGAUAGACAAAGCAAAUGAAGAGGACAACAUGGUGGAAACACCCCCAUCGAGGAGUGUCAGCCCAGUACCAGAUGAUCACAGAAACGUCAAAAAGGAAGACUUGUCAAAUGAAAAGGAAGACGAGGAGGACCAAACAAGCUCAGACCACAUUCCAGAACAAAAUGAACUCAAGCCACAGGCAAUAAUCCACGAAAACCAGUCGUUUGUUAAUGAUAAGUCAAGAGUUGGAGCUGAGUUGGAGUAUCAAGACGUAAAAAUGAAAUUUGAAGUGGCUAAGAUAGAUGGGAAAAUACUGCGAAAGAAAAACAAACUGUUAAACAAACAACUGGACCCUUUGUACACGGGGGAGAAGGAACGCGUGAUGGUUGCUUUGAAAGCCAAUGACGCGCUGAUGAACGAAAUCCACAUUGUUUAUAAAAAGAAGAGAAGGGAAAAAAUCAGUCGGAUGUUGCACUUGACACGAACAGAUUAA